UACAAAAUUAUAUUAAUAAAUUUUACAUUAAAAAUACAAAAAAUCAUCUAGUCUACAAAAGAUAUUCUAAAAUAUGAAAUAUAGAAAAAAAUAGAGGGAAUAUUAAUUAAUAUAAAAGCAUUUUCCGGUUUCUAUCAAGUAUCAUAAUUGGUGUCACUCUACAACAUUUAUAGACUUUUGCAACCAUAGAAUGAAAAAUUAAGAAGCUUUAAAAGAUAUCCUAAGACUUAUGAAUCAAUAAUUCAAUAUUGUUCUUUACUUAAAAUAACAUAAAAUAGCAUUUGGAGUAUUAAUUAUUUGAUCAUAUUCAGUUAAUUCCAAAUUUAAAUGCAGACAGAUGUUGUCUUCCCUGACCGAGCCACUUAACUGGACUCCCGUCCUUUUGGCACCAGUUGAUUGUCGUAAGUCGUAACUAGUCGCAACUUAACAUCACCAAGCAUUCUAGUUUAUUGAAAAGAGAAAAAUAAAAGUAGGGUUCAUAAUCAUGUAUGUAUAGAUCCGUGAGCAUUAAUAGGCUCAGUCUAUUUUAUGAACAAAUGUACAAAUCCAUAAUGAUGACAAUUAUACAAAAGCUACAUAUAAGAGAUGUAAUAAUGAAGAAAAUGCAAAGGCAAUAGAUGAGAGUAGCGCGUAGGGUAAAGGCUUACACCGUCCAUGUGGCCAAGAUUUGGCAAUGCUUUCUAUGAAGAUUAUGACAUAGAGACAAAGUCACUUUCUUCUCUCUGUGAAUUAUUAUACAAAAAUUGUAACUAUUAUAUUUUAAUUAGUCUUUGUGCGUUGUCAAUAGAAGUUUACACUUCUUCAUCAUUACUGCUUGGAAAGCAAAAAGCCAAAAGGGUCCAACUCCCAUGUUGUCAUCACUAUUCUCUCCUCCUUAGUUAAACCUAAUUAAUUAAUACUCUUUUUGUUUGUUUUCUUGUACUGCUAUCCUCUCCUCUCCUUUAUUCGUACUUCUCUUUCUCUAAAACGAAUCUCGCAUCUAAUCUUACCCCCUAAAUCUUGCUUUUCUAUUAUCAUAUCAAUCACUCAAUCUCGUGGAAUACCUCAGCUUUGAUCAUUUUAAGUUAUAAUCCCUCUUUUUUAGCGUACAUGAUGUUUUGGCUUAAUGCGCAAAAAUUAAAAAACUUUUUUCUUUCUAAAAAAUAAUUUUAAAAAUAUAAUUUAAAAAUCAUUCAACUAACUAUAGAAAUGACUGCAAUAUCUAAUUGAUUGCACAAUUUUCAAUAAAAUUAAAGAUAACAUAAAAAUAUCAAAACAUCAUCUAUUUUGAAACAAAAAUAAUUUUCUAAAACAUCAUAUAUUCUGAAAUGGAAUGAAUAUAAUAUAAUGACAUCUUUUGCAUAUUUAAUGUUGAUUUAGAAGUACACAUUGAUUUGACAAAAUAUCAUUUGCUUACUAUUGAUUUAAAUGUUUUUUUUGACUAAAGGCUUUGUUGAUUUAAAUGUUGGUAAAACUUAAUUAUGCAUAUUUAAUUUAUAGUUUAGACUGUCAGAUAUUUGGGUUAAAUCCUCAUUGAAAUUAGUUACAUUUUUGUGUUGUUGAUUUUAAGCACUCGUAUAUCCACGCUUAACAUGAACACGCACCAUAGUUACAUUUAUGUAUAUUUUGUACUCCUAAAAACCGACGAACAGUCAUUGCUCUCCGUUUUGGGUUUCAGUGAAAUCUAAAAAAAUGUCAUUAACUUUUCAAGUUGCAACUUUCAGAAGGCAACAAGAGCGAACGAGACAAAUGCCUCAGGUUUCAAUGCACAGCUUCACUAAAGGGUUUUCGGGCGUUGUGAUUAUAUGCUGUUUGUGGAGUAUAGCAUUAUUACUCAUUUAACAAAUAAAACAAAAUAUAGAUGCAUAAAUCUAAGACGCCGGUGUUAAUUCAAGGUGAUAAAACGGUACAAAUCAACAAAACUAAAACAAGUAACAACGGGAGUGAGAGACUUAUUGCAGUUAAAUAAAUAGUAAACUAGUUAGAUAACUGAGGGUGAAUUUGCUAUAUGGUCACAUGAGAAACGUUUAUAGUUGUGAAAGAAUGGGGUGACAAAAAUCAAAGUAGCUAGAUUUAAAAAAAUAGGAUGGCAUCAAAUAAAAAAAAAAGUGUUAUUUUUAAUCUGUGUGAAAUAUAAUAAUGUAUGUUAUUUAGAAUGCUAUGUGCGAUAAAUAAUCAAACUUACCUAGCUAUUUAGCGAAUAUAUGAAAGAUGUGAGUAUUAUAUUAUUAAUAUGUAUCUCAAGCAAUAAUGUGAUUGUAUGAAGGAUUGAUAUAUCCAACUUACAAAAAGCAUUGCAUGUGAUGAGAAUCCAUUUUCCCCAUCCUCCCACCCAUUCUUUCCAACUCAACCUUCUCUUUUCUCUUCUUAUUAAAGUAUCAUCCUCUUUUUGUUCCUCUUUUUGUUUUUUUAAAUGACUUUUUAAAAAGGUUUUGUAUUUACUUCGAUUUUUUACAGUUCCACUAGGUUAGACAAAUUCCCUUUAAUGAGAUGGUGGACUUUAAUAUGUAUGUUAUUUUAUACCUACAGCACACAGGCACUUAUACUUUAUAAUUAGCCUAUAGAUAUGUUUUUUAUAAAGAAAAAUUCCUUCGAACAUAUUCCAGAUCUAAAGAUUUUCCUUUGUAAUGUUAGAUAGAAUUGGUCUCAGCUGACACCGAAACCCAGAUCUGACUCAGGGUUUAUGCUUGUGUAACCACAUGAGUGUUUCUUACCACAAAGUUUCUUGCAGUGGCGGAGCCACGUUACUGCAAUGUUACUGUCUUACUGAUCAUUCGGGUCUCACUUAUUGACACUAUUCAUUUUUAAUUAGAAUAUAUAUCUUAUACAAAAGGGCAUAUAAAAUAUGUAAAGAUGAUGGCACCACAUUGUAUAUUUGUAUUUAUACGCAUGAUAUGGGUAUAUGCAUGUGUAUUAUUUUCCAAACAAAUAUCCUCCUCAUGUCCCUCUUUUAUAUAUAAACCAACCCUAAAGGCUACACAUACAUUUGUCACCAUUUAAAAUCAUGUACUCGAACAUCAAAUUUCCAAGAUUCCCAUUUGAAUUUUCAUCAAUCCUUUUAUUAUAUAUCUUGAAAAGGGAGAAAAUUUUAACUCAGUCUGAUCGAAUAUUGUAUGAUAUGAAAUAAUAAUGACUUGUAAUUGUUUUGUUGUGGAAGGGGAUGUUUUUUUGUUUCUUGUCCAGAUGCUAAUGUGGGCUCCAAACUCCUUGUCCCACUCUCUUUAUAUGUGUAUACAACAUUUCUCUGCAUAUAUAUGUUUGGUGUUUGUAAAAAUAAACAGUUAACAGUGUACAGAUAGAAAAGAGAGAGAGGAGAGAGAGAAAGAGAGGUUCAUAACUACUCUGAAGAAGAUAUAAGCACCAACGACCAUACAAUGCAUUUCUCCAUCUAAGGUGAAAGGUCAAUGAAACAAUUAACAAAAAGUUGAAAGUUUUCAUAUUUUCUUUUUUGGUUUUUCCCAGAAAAUUAUAAAAAGAUGGAGAGUAAAGGGUUAAGAAAAGCUUUUCCCUUUAUGUGAUAAAAAGAUGAUUUCAGAAAAACAAAGCCCUUUGUUUCUCUCUCUUAACUCAUCUUACUUUUCUUCCUCUAUUAGUAAAGAUGUAAAACACAAUACUCUCUCCACCAAAUAAAUAAGGAAACAAAUUAAAAACAAUCUCUCCUUCUUUCUCCUGCAUGAAAAACAAAAGAUUCCUCAAUAUUGUUCUUAUUUUUCGUUAGUCACAGUACCCUUCUCUAUACACUAACACUAAAGUAUAAACUAACACCAUCUUCAAACAAGAAACAAAAAGAGAGAACCUCAUCCGAUGAUAGAUUACGAGAGAAGCAAGAACACCAAGAACAUCAACCAUCAUCGGAAUCCUCCUUCUUCAUCUUCCUCUGAUCUUCUUCCCGACGGUAAUGGAGCCGCCGUGACCCAAAAGAGGAAAAGACGACCUGCCGGGACGCCAGAUCCGGAGGCUGAGGUGGUAGCUUUAUCUCCAAGAACACUACUAGAAUCAGAUCGGUACGUGUGUGAGAUCUGUAAUCAAGGGUUUCAGAGAGACCAGAAUCUACAGAUGCACAGGAGAAGACAUAAAGUUCCAUGGAAGCUUUUAAAGAGAGAGACCACCGAGGAAGUGAAGAAGAGAGUCUACGUUUGUCCAGAGCCGACAUGUCUCCACCACAACCCUUGUCACGCCCUCGGAGAUCUCGUGGGUAUCAAGAAACACUUUCGAAGGAAACACAGUAACCAUAAGCAAUGGAUAUGUGAGAGAUGCUCAAAAGGCUACGCUGUUCAAUCUGAUUACAAAGCCCAUCUCAAAACGUGUGGCACUCGCGGCCAUUCCUGCGAUUGCGGCCGCGUUUUCUCCAGAGUAGAGAGUUUCAUAGAGCACCAAGACCAUUGCACCAUGCGCCGAUCACAACCCUCCGGCCACCGUUUACAACAACAGCAACAACAUACCGCAAACGCUACACAAACUGCUUCAGUCGCCAAAAACGUUGACCUCUCCGUUGGUCCUGUAUUGCCAGGACAUCCUUUGCUAAGACAAGCUCCACCGUCCGGUCAACAAACAUCCGAUUUGCUCUAUCCUUUCGUUGGCUCAUGCGCUACUACUGGUAGUAGCAUCGAGCUUCAGCUACUCCCAUCGCGGGCUAGUGCUGAUGAGACAAGCCUUAGUUUGUCGAUAGGGAUGGAGCCGACAACGUCAAGCUACGAGAAGGGGGAGACGAGCUUACUAUUGGGACAAAGAGAGGAAGCCAAAAGGCAAAUAGAGAUUGCGGAAUUGGAGUUUGCUGAAGCCAAGAGAAUAAGGCAACAUGCAAAAGCUGAGCUUCAUAAAGCUCAGCUUUAUAGAGAAGAAGCAAGUCGGAGGAUUAGUGCAACGAUGAUGCAAAUCACUUGCCAUAACUGCAAGAAACACUUUCAAGCUGUUGCUGCUUCGGCUCCUCCUCCUAUUCUUCCACAACCGCCUUGUACCGAUGAAAGUACAUCACUUGCUGUGAGCUACGUGUCUUCGGCUACUACCGAAGGUGAAAAAGCGAGUGAUAGAGCAUCGUCAUAGAGCUUGAAAAGAAAAAAUAAAUUAAAAACAAAAAAAUCAAAUUAUAUUCUUCCUUUUUUUUUGUUCUUUUGAUUGAAACUGAAGACGAUCUUUUUAUAUUCUUUGGUUUUUUCUAUAAAUUUGUUUUGUUUAUUUUUUUCUAGAACAAAAACCGAAUGGAGUAGAGUUUUGUACGUAUGAGUAUCAAGUGUGGUUGGAUCUGUUUCUGGUUGCUGGAUAUUGUAACUUUUUUUGUCAACUGUAACAUUUUGUUUCGUGUAAUAAAUUACCGGGUUAUAUAA